AUGGCCGCCGUAGUAGCACUCUAUAGAGGCCUGGCAGCGGCGCUGGCUUCACUCUGUCACGUGGCUUCCGUGAUUCACUUUUUGUGCGACGGCUGCGACAGCACGUUGUUGGAAGCUGAGCUUGGUGCUAGUAAAAUGUCAGAGACCCAAGUGGAGCGAACUAGUCCGAUAAAAGAGCCUGCAAUGGCCGUAUCACACCCUAAGAAGCGUUAUUACAGACAGAGAGCCCACUCCAACCCCAUGGCAGAUCACACCUUCCAAUAGUGAGUUUCUAUUUGCACCAUGCUGUGUUAUGUUGGAAAUAAGAUCCUGGGUGUAUGAAAAAAAGCACUUAUUUUUACUCCUCAGCAAUAAAUACCCCCCAACUGUCCUUAUUUAGGAGGGACAGUCCCAAUGUUGUGCCCAAAUCCCUCUGUUUCAUCCUAGGAGCUCCAUACUGUUGGUGUGUCUGAGUGUAUAUCAGUUCCACAGCUGUAAUACUCUCAGCAAUGUGUCUUUAAACUAUAGUAAAUGUUUUUCGAAAACAGCAUGUGUAGAUAAGAUACUUUGUUCUUGUUAUAAAUUACAUUUUAUUCUUUAUUUUUGUGUUUGGAAACAAAGUUAAGACCGCAUACAUGAGAAAAGUUGAGUUGGAUAUGCCAUGUUAACGCAGAAUGUGUGUAUACAAUAUACAGCUUUUUUUUUUUUUUUUUUUUGUUAACCGAGCAAGAUAAUGUCACAGAGCAAGUUGAGAAUAAUAGUUUGGUGUAAAGUUAAUAGGCUGUGUGCAUAUGAUAAGGAAAUCAAGGGCAUGUUUCAGUACGCAAGCUAGGCGUUGCAAUUAAACUGAGUAUUCGUGAGUGCUGGUGUAAAAACAAGGCAAGACGUGUAUAUCUAGCUAUCAGAGUUAAGGCAGAGUAGAGACUGGGUGAGAAUCACUAUGUAAUUACAAAAGUGCUAGAUUAGCUAGCACUGUAGAGUAUGAAAUAGCUAGAUAACCGGCUUGUUUGUAAACUAAAAUUUUAAAAUAAACAUUUACAGUUAAAUUAAAAGAGAAGUGAUCUGAGAGUGUGUCUCGAGGCGUAAAUACUAGUUGAGUUGUGACAUGCUAUGCUUUUCACAGCUGGGAUUUGUAGUGCCCCUGACCAAGGGGGUCGGGGAAUGGGAGACAGGGUAGGUACUUGGCCAAGCCACUUUCCAGGCCUCAGCUCCCACCCUCUGAGGGUGUCUUUGGUUGCGGUAACCCAUUCGGACAUGUCAAACUAUAACAUUAAAGGAACACUAUAGUCACCUAAAUUACUUUAGCUAAAUAAAGCAGUUUUAGUGUAUAGAUCAUUCCCCUGCAAUUUCACUGCUCAAUUCACUGUCAUUUAGGAGUUAAAUCACUUUGUUUCUUUUUAUGCAGCCCUAGCCACACCUCCCCUGGCUAUGAUUGACAGAGCUUGCAUGAAAAAAAAAAAAACUGGUUUCACUUUCAAACAGAUGUAAUUUACCUGAAAUAAUUGAAUCUCAAUCUCUAAAUUGAACUUCAAUCACAUACAGGAGGCUCUUGCAGGGUCUAGCAAGCUAUUAACAUAGCAGGGGAUAAGAAAAUCUUAAUUAAACAGAACUUGCAAUAAAGAAAGCCCAAGUAGGGCUCUCUUUACAGGAAGUGUUUAUGGAAGGCUGUGCAAGUCACAUGCAGGGAGGUGUGACUAGGGUUCAUAAACAAAGGGAUAUAACUCCUAAAUGGCAGAGGAUUGAGCAAUGAGGCUGCAGGGGCAUGUUCUACACACCAAAACUGCUUCAUUAAGCUAAAGUUGUUCAGGUGACUAUAGUGUACCUUUAAUAAACCCCUACCCACCCUCUCACCCUAAAAAUAGUGAGGGGGUGGACAAAAGAAUAAGUACCUGUAAAAUAAAUAAAACUUAGCAUUUGAUGUCUUCUUUUUUUCUAAAAAUUUAAAUUCUAAGCCCCCCAAAAUGCCAAAUAAAAAAACCAUAAUACCAACUGAACUUGUUAAAAAAAAAAAAAAAAAUAAAUAAAUAAAAACCUCAAAAACCGAGCGCCAAAAAAUCUACAAUCAGGCGAACAAGAAAAAAAACACGCUAAAAAAAAUAUUCCAACGUCACCCAUGAAGGGCAGGGCGGGGAAAGGCUUAUAAAGCCUUCCAAUGCCUUGCAAUUAGGCUCAGAGCGCUCUGAUUGGUUAAGCCAAGCAAUCAGUGCGCUCUGACAGGUAAAUGAAGAGGCUGACACGUAAGUCUCUACAUUUACCUGUCACAGCACUCUGGCUUGAAAUCCAACCAAUCAGAGUGCUCUGUGUCAUUUUACACAGCGCGGGAUAGUUAUUUGGAAUUUUCACACGCUGUGUAAAAUGACUCAUAAGAAUUUGAAAUCCAAACAGUGACUAGGGUCUAUAGCGUUUAGAAAUACGUAUUUGUUUUCCUAAUGCUAUAGUGUUCCUGUAAGUACAGACAUAUGAUGCAGAGCUGUUCAGUGGUUGAACAAACCAAGUGUUUACAUCUGUAUGUUGUCUGUUAUAGAUGUACGGUUAGUUGCUUAUUUCUUUGUCGAAGCUCUGGUUUAAUGUGGAGUUUCUCUCAGGAAGGGAGAGGGUUAAAGGAUCACUCUAGGCACCCAGACCACUUCAGCUUAAUGAAGUGGUCUGGGUGCCAGGUCCAGCUAGGGUUAACCCAUUUUUUCCGUAAACAUAGCAGUUUCAGAGAAACUGCUAUGUUUAUGAAUGGGUUAAGCCUUCCCCUAUUUCCUCUAGUGGCUGUCUCAUUGACAGCCACUAGAGGCGCUUGCGUGCUUCUCACUAGAGGCGCUUGCGUAGCGUCCAUAGGAAAGCAUUAUGAAUGCUUUCCUAAGUGACCGGCUGAAUGCGCGCACAGCUCUUGCUGCGGGUGCGCAUUCAGCCAACGGAGAGGAGGAGGAGGAGAGCUCUUCGCCCAGCGCUGGAAAAAGGUAAGUUUAAACCCCUUUCCCCCUUCCAGAGCCGGGCGGGAGGGGGUCCCUGAGUAUGUUUUCCUGGCACUAUAGUGGUCCUUUAAUUGACACAGUUUAGAGUGUCAGUCUUUUUGGAAAGAACGGCUUUAUUGUCAAAGUGCAUUAUCUGUAGGCUAAAGUGCAUUAUCCGUGUAUGAUUAUCCCAGUGUGUAUUCACAUCAUGCUAUUAGUCCUUGUUCUCUCCAGAAUGAGGUAUUCGAGCUUGUGAGACAAACUAGUCAUGUUUUGGUGUUUGUAACUUUAUUGCUGCUGAUUAUUGUAUUUACUAGUUUUCACCCCAUCUUCCAUUUUUACAUAGCCCAGUGAAACCUGAACUAAUGGACUGGUCUGAAUACUACCCAGAAUUCUUUAAGCCCUUGUCCUCUGAUUGUCGCCAUGAUGAUGUAAAGGAUUUGACAGAAGAGAAGAUGAAAAAACACCAGGUGGAAUUUGCAGACAUUGGCUGUGGAUAUGGUGGUCUGUUAGGUACAAUUGGUUUAUUCAAGGAAACUAUUUAUGUAAAGCAACAUUUGCUCCUCAGUCAGCUUAGAAUGCUAACUCGUAUAGUGCUUGUACCAUGUUUUUGCAUAUUAGUAUGUGGUGGUGGUUUUUUUUGUUUUUGUUUUUUUUUUCACCCACUACAUUAUCACACAUGUUGCAUGAGGAGGUCUCUAUAUUCUAAAACUACGAAGUGUUGUUUUUUUUGUUUUGUUUUGUUAUUGCACUGAUGUCUAGAUUAUGGCAGUGUGAGGGUUAUUCACUAAAGUGAGAAUUGAAAGGGAAUUUCGCAUUCAGGGUUUUUCCAUUUAGUCAGAUAUGGUUUUAAUUUAUCUACUCUGGGCUUUAGCCCCUUAGUGACCAGACCGCUUUUCAAUUUUCUUACUUUUUGGGGCCAGGGCUCUUUUUACAUUUCUGCUGUGUUUGUGUUUAGCUGUAAUUUUCCUCUUACUCAUUUUACUGUACCUACCCAAAUUGUAACCCAGAUAGCUAUGCCAUGGAGCCUAUUCGUGUAAUAAAAGACUUUGGCUCCAUGGCAAUUGAACUGUAUGUGUGUGAUCUGAGCGCCAUUCAGUAAUAAUGUGCGCUCAGACCUAAGCUAUCUGGGGAUAUGUUGCAGGUCUGUAUUUUAUGUAAUAAAUGUAACCUUGUGUAUUUUAUUGUAUUUUGCUACCAUGUGGCUAAUGGAGUUUUGCCUCUGUCCUUGGAGAUAAUUGGAUUGCUUCUCAAUUAUCUCCAGGAUAGAAGACUCUGUGGAACUGGUUUUGGGCAGAAAAGCUAUGCUUCAUUUGGUCACAAAGGACUUCGAUCUAUCUUUUGAACCAAUGGACCAAUUUGGAUGAUUUUGACAUAUGUUUGUAUUUGGAGUAUGCUGAUUUUAAAAAUGUAAGUAAAUGUGAUGCAUACUUUUAAAGUUAUGAAUAAUGUGGAAAAACUGUAUUUCUCUGCCUGUGAUAAUUACAUUACCCAUUGUGUAAGGUAAUUGUAUCACAUGCAGAGGGGAGGAUUUUGUGUGGGAGUGUCUGAGUGUAUUGUACGUGUUUAUUGGUUGUUUUCCAAAACACUGUGGGUGGUACUAAUGUGUAAGAAUGUGUAUAUAAGAAUAAUAAACCCAAAGUUCUGUCUGUUCCUGCUUGACCCUCAAAAAGGAGCCUUGUCUUGUUCUUAGGGGGAUUUAUUGUAUGCUGUUCCAGUUUGACUGCUAGGAGUGUAAACCUAUUCGUAUGUUUUUUCCUAUUCAGCUGUCUACAGCAUUCGUAUGUUUGAGAGCAUUCAUAUGCUUCCCGGUUCGGUGUAUUGGUGUCUACAGUAGCUGUGUCUCUGGAAAAUCUACUAAACGGCUUUUAACCCCUCUUUAUGCCUGGGGGUGCCGUUACAUAUGGCAAUAAGUACAAGUAGCACUUUAAUCUUUCCAACCAUUUUUCCCCCCAAAAUGAACGCAAGUUACAUUGUAACAUUGAUAUCUGUCAGGAAUCCCUGAAUAACCCUUCACGACGUGUGUGUGUGUGUGUGUGUGUGUAUGUGUGUGUGUGUGUAUGUGUAUGUAUAUAUAUAUAUAUAUAUAUAUAUAUAUAUAUAUAUAUAUAUAUAUAUAUAUAUAUAUAAUUAAACUUGGGGUAUUUUUUUUUUUUUUUUUUUUUCAUGCGUUCUUUUAUGUGUUCAGCAACAUCUCCCGAGUGCAGUGAUACCACCCAUGUAUAGGUGUGUCGGGUUCUCUGGAGGCUAAAAUACCUUAUUUGGAGGGUACGCAUUCCAGUUUUCCAACUUGGAAUUUUCACAGCUGGUCAUCAUGCACCCAUGUCCUAUAUGGGACCUUUUUGAAACUGGCCAAUGUAAUUUACUCACAUCACACCAUAUAUAUUUUUUUAAAGUAGAUAACCCGGGGUAUGUCCAGUAUUUUUUAGUAGCCACUUAGUCACAAACACUGGCCAAAGUUAGCAUUUAUAUUUGUUUGUAUGUUAAAAAUGCAAAAAACAAUUAUGAAUGCUAACUUUGGCCAGUGUUUGUGGCUACUAAAAAAGCCAGAACAUACCCCAUUUGCAAUACCUUGGGUUGUCUACUUUUGCAAAUGGUAUGCCAUCAUGGGGGUAAUUCUCAUUCCUGGGCUACCAUAUGGUCUCAAAGGCAAUGUAACCAAUCUGGAAAUUUCAAUGUGAAAAAACAGAAAAUCAAGCUUUACAUUUGACCCUGUAACUCUCAAAAACACUAUAAAACCUGUACUUUUAUAGUCUGGAGACUUCCCUGAACACAAAUAUUAGUGUUUCAAAACAGUAAAACUUUUACAACAAUGAUAUCAUAAUCAUCAGUUAGUGUGUGACAAAUGCAAGAACGUCACCUUGACUGACAAUAUCAUCGAUGUCAUUUGUUUUACUUUUUGAAACGCUAAUAUUGUGUUCAGCGAAGUCUACCGAGUAAAACAGUACCCCUAUGUACAGCUUUUAGGAGGUCUUGGAAAGUUACAGGGUUAAAUAUAGUGCUAGCAAAUUACAUUCUCUGGACUUUUGGCCUGGGUUGUCAGGCAGGUCCCCCAAAUUGCAAUCAUUAAAAUAACUUAAAAGACCACUAUAGGCACCCAGACCACUUCGGCUUAAUGAAGUGGUCUGGGUGCCUGGUCCAUCUAGGGUUAACCCUUUUUUCUAUAAGCAUAGCAGUUUCAGAGAGAAACUGCUAUGUUUGUUAGGGUUAAUCCAGCCUCUAGUGGCUGUCUCACUGACAGCCGCUAGAGGGCUUCCGCGUUUCUCACUGUGAAAAUCACAGUGAGCAGACGCCAGCAUCCAUAGGAAAGCAUUGUGAAUGCUUUCCUAUGGACUGGCUGAAUGCACGCGCGGCUCCUGCCACGCAUGCGCAUUCAGCCGAAGAGGAGGAGAAGAGGGAGGAGAGCUCCCCGCCCGGCGCUGGAGAAAGAGGUAAGUUUAACCCCUUCCUUCCCCCAGAGCCUGGCGGGAGGGGGAACCUGAGGGUGGGGGCACCCUCAGGGCACUAUAGUGGUCCUUUAAAUAUGUAAAAAUAUUACAUAAAUAUGCACGUCGAAUUUAAAAAAAUAAAUAAAUAUAUAUAUAUAUAUAUAUAUAUAUAUAUAUAUAUAUAUAUAUAUAUAUAUAUAUAUAUAUAUAUAUAUAUAAUUUUACACUUAGUAUGAUGUAUAUGUCCAUGAGUGGUUUAUUGGCUUUGCAUCUUUUCCCAAGUUGUGUCAAAGCUGUUGUAUACAGCAAACACAGACUCAAAGGAAUCCAUGUUUAAAAUGGAAUGAGGCACAAAUGUGAUUCUUUGUUAAACUAAUUUGCAUAUGCCCACCCAGAAUCCUUUACGGUAGUAACAGCACUGCAGAUUUCUGUGGGAAACGCAAGUCUUAUGGCUUGACUGGUGUGCAGAUUUUUGUUUAACAUUGUAGUAUUUUAUAUAUAUAUAUAAUAUAUAUUAUAUUAUAUUUACCCCUUGCCUCUCUCCCUCCAUUUCCAUUCACUUACCCGAUCGCCGCCGUUCCCCCGCCGGCAAUUGGUCUUCUCUCUAGCCCAGACAGUCCCCACUCGGCAAAAUAGGACCCCAAGGGCCAUGUGAUCACUCUGAAAGAGCGAUCACAUGGCUGCAAUAGGUGUCCAUAGUGUUGCCUGCAGGGGAACUGCCUGAAAAAAAUAAAAUUUGUUGGGGGUCAGCAAUCAUGAAACAAUGUUGUUCCAUGAAAAUGUAAGGUGCUUAUUGUUUUCAGGUCAUCAUGCUGGGGAUCUCCCUGUCUGUGUGGUCCCCUUGUUCCACACAUCAUGUUUAGGCUUGAUUAGAAGAUUGUGCCUGUCUCUUUCUAAAUAUGAUAAAAAUGAGGCUUGAGUGUUAAUCUGUGGGUAGGUAUUAAUGUCUCUUUUGGGUAUGAUAUUGGAACACAAGGCUUGUACAUAUCAAAGGACUCCUAAUCGAAGAGGCAAUCAAGACAAAUGGCAAAUUAGAGGGUUAAUUUAUACUUCCAGGCCAGCUUAUGUGUGACUUCUCACACGUUACAGAAUAGCUCUGUUGGGGUCCCAGCUUCAAAAGCUCUAACCUCCCAUACAAUCAAACUAACUUU